AUGCACCUCUUAAUUCCCUUUCUUUACACGUAUGCAUUUUUUUUUUUAGUAUGUGUAAAAUUGAAGUGGGUGCAAGAUAAAAUAUUCGCAAGCACAAAGCACACGUUUUCAUACGAUAAACAUGCCAAAGGAUCAUACGUUAGAAAGGAUGUAAAAUUUUGUACAAAAUUAAAAUGUAAUAAUGACAAGAGGGUGAAAUGUAAGAAGUUUUUCUUUUUAUGGAAAUUGGACAGAAUGUCAGAUACAAAUGUAGCUAAUCAGGAAAAUAAUAGAAAGAAGACUAUUCAUGUCGAAUCAGAUAAUAAUGAGAUACUGGUAGGGAAUAUAGAAAAAGGAAAUUAUCAAUUGAACGAUAGAAGGGGAAACUACGCUACCACAGUUGAAGAAAAAGAAAAAGACCAAUUAGUAAUUCCAAAGGUUGGAAAUAAAAUGCCAGAAAAGAAACCUGAUUGGUUUCAUGUACCUGCACCCACAGGAAAAAAAUAUAAGCAACUAAAAACAGAUUUAAAAAAAUUAAACCUACACACAGUAUGUGAAGAAGCACAAUGUCCAAACAUAGGUGAAUGUUGGAAUAUCGGGACAGCAACAAUUAUGUUAUUAGGGGAUACUUGCACAAGGGGGUGUAAGUUUUGUUCUAUAAAAACAUCAAGUAAACCUUUACCACCAGAUAUCAAUGAACCUUUUAAUACAGCAAAGGCUAUAUGUGAAUGGGAUAUAAAUUAUGUUGUUUUAACAUCAGUUGAUAGAGAUGACUUAGUAGAUGGUGGAGCUACGCAUUUUGCUAAAACUAUUGAACUUAUAAAAUUUUCUAGACCUGAUAUUUUAAUCGAAUGUUUAGUUUCUGAUUUUCAAGGAAAUGUAGAUUCUGUUCGUAAGCUUGCAUUAAGUGGCAUGGAAGUUUAUGCACAUAACAUUGAAACUGUUAAGAGGUUACAAAAAUAUGUACGUGAUAGAAGAGCAAAUUAUGAACAAUCAUUACGAGUAUUAAAAAUUGCAAAAGAAAUUAAUCCUAUGUUGUAUACAAAAACGAGUAUUAUGUUAGGAUUAGGGGAAACUAAAGAAGAGGUACUAGAAGCCAUGUUAGAUGUAAGACAACACAAUAUUGAUGUUAUUACAUUCGGUCAAUAUUUAAGACCAACUAAAAAUCAUCUAAAUGUUGUUGAAUACAUUUCUCCUCAGAUGUUUGAUUACUACAAGGAUGAAGGAAUGAAAAUGGGUUUCAAGUAUAUAGCCAGUGGGCCCUUGGUUCGGUCGUCUUAUAAGGCUGGUGAAUAUUUUAUGAAAAGUCUCGUUGAGGAGAGGAAGGGAAGCAAGUUGCAGCCCGUGCCCUGA